UGCAACAAGGAUAUGUUGAGUCCAACCUUUUUUAUUUUAGCGUACAGUUCGAGGAAUACAUAAAUUAAUACAUCAAUCAGCAUAUAGUUUCCAAAGCAUUUUAUACCAUUUCAGCCAAAUAAAUGCCGAACGCCUAAGCCAAUUCAAAAUUCGAAACCGAUCCAAAAAUCUUCACUUCUCAUUUCGCCAUGUUCGCGAAGAAGCUUUUUCAGAAAGCCACACAAUAUCAUCAUAAUCAACAUCAUCAGCGAAAUGGCAGUGGUUUGACAGCAAGUGACCUGAAUGUUUGUGCUACUGUACAUUAUGGUAUCCCGUCAACAGCAUCAAUUCUUGCAGUAGAUCCCAUCCAGCGCCUAUUGGCCAUUGGAACGUUGGAUGGUAGGGUAAAAGUGAUUGGUGGGGACAAUAUUGAAGGUCUCUUGAUUUCUCCAAAGCAGUUGCCCUAUAAAUUUUUAGAGUUCCUUCAAAACCAGGGUUUUCUUGUCAGCAUCACAAAUGAAAAUGAUAUUCAGGUUUGGAAUCUCAAAAGCAGAUCUGUAGCUUGUGAUUUGCAAUGGAAAUCAAAUAUAACUGCUUUCUCAGUUAUCAAUGGCUCUUCCUUCAUGUAUGUUGGAGAUGAAUAUGGAACAAUCUCAGUUUUGAAGUUCUGUGUUGAGAACAGAGAGCUUCUGCAACUGCCAUAUCAGAUCUUGUGGAGUUCUCUUUCUGAAGCAGCUGGUUUUGCGAAUUCAGAUCAUCAACCAGUUGUUGGAAUUCUCCCCCAACCUUUUACGUCAGGAAAUAGAUUAUUGAUUGCAUAUGAGAGUGGUUUAAUUAUACUAUGGGACGUCGUUGAAGCCCAUGUUAUCAUUGUUAAAGGUGAUAAAGAUCUCCAUUUGAAGGAUGGUGCUGUAAACUUUAGAAAGAAUGCAGAUUCCAGCUCUCCUGAUGAUUUAUUGAAGCAUGAAUUUGAGGAGAAAGAGAUAACCACACUUUGCUGGGCAUCCACUGAUGGAUCCGUUCUUGCUGUUGGGUACAUAGAUGGAGAUAUUCUGUUUUGGAAAACAUCAAAAUCAACCUUAAGCAAAGGUCAAGAAGCUGGACCAUUUGAUAAUGUUGUUAAGCUACAGUUGUCUUCUGCUGAAAAAAGGCUUCCUGUCAUUGUCUUACACUGGUGGGCGAACAGUAAAUCCCGGAAUAGCAGCGAUGGCCAUCUUCUCAUUUAUGGCGGUGAUGAAAUAGGAUCCGAUGAAGUCAUUACGAUUCUUACCCUUGAUUGGUCAUCUGGAAUGGAGACUUUGAAAUGUGUUGGUCGUGUUGACCUCACUCUUAGUGGCUCAUUUGCCGAUACGAUCUUAUUACCAACUACCGGGACAGCAGCAACUGAUGAAAAAGCUGCUUUAUUUGUGUUGAUGAGUCCUGGACAACUAAAACUUUUUGAUUGUUCAAGCUUGUCUGACUUGGUAUCCAAAGAGUUGAAGAAAAUAUCUCUAUCAGCUGAGGAUUUUCCUGUAGAAUUACCGACAGUUGAUCCUUCCAUGACUGUGACAAAGCUUACACAGUUGCAUUCAGAUGGAAACUUACCCGAGCCUCUUCAAGAGACACCUUUAUUCAAGAAGUUUUGCGCAGCAACAUCAUCUGGGGCUAACGGAUGGCCCUUGACUGGAGGGGUGUAUAAUCAUAUUUCUCAAGCUGAGACUAACAGGAUUCAAAGAGUUUAUAUAGCAGGUUAUCAAGAUGGAUCUGUAAGGAUGUGGGAUGCCACUCAUGCGGUUUUCCGUCUCCUUUGUGUUUUGGAUAAUGAGGUUAAAGGUGUAAAUACUGUUAUAUCAACUGCUUCAGUUUCAAAAAUAGAUUUCUGCUUCCAGACAUUAAGAUUGGCAGUUGGGGAUGAGUGUGGUCUGGUACGCCUUUAUGAUUUCAAACAUAGCGAUAUGGAGAACUUCCAUUUUAUUACUGAUGCUAAAAGUGAAGUUCAUGAGUUGGCACAAGGUCAAGGACCUAGCUGCAGAGCUGUUAUAAAGCUUCUCGAUGUUCGCGUCCGAGCGAUCGAGUUUAUAAAUCAUGGAGCCAAACUCGCAGUUGGAUAUGAAAAUGUUAAGGUUGCAGUGCUUGAUAUGACUUCAUUAUCAGUUUUGUUCUUGACAGACUCCGUAUCUGUUGGUAGCUCUCCACUGGUCUCAGUGAUUGCAAAGAGAUUUAUGCAUAGUGAUGGUCAUAGCAAAAGCCCAAAACAAUCAGAGCUUCCAGAAAACCAUAUGGAGGAACUCAUGUUCGUUUUAACUGAGGAUGCAAAUAUCUAUGUAAUUGAUGGUGGUAGUGGUAAAACGUCCAGUUCAGAGCCCCUGCAUUUAAAGAAAGCGUCAACAGCAAUUUCUAUGUAUGUCAUAGAAAACAACACCCCAUUUUCUGGUAUAAUAAGUAAGAAGCCACAGUCCAGCAAGGGUGAUGCAGAUAGUAAUGAGCCUUCACAGGACAUGACCACUAGUGAUCAAUGUGAUACGACUCCCUUUCUACAAAAUGACCCCUCCAGGAAACACUUUGAGGAGUCCUUUGUUAUACUUUGCUGUAAAGAUGCAAUACGCACUUAUGCUACAAGAUCUGUGGUUCAUGGGGACAAUAAUUCUGCUUGCAAAGUGAAGCUCGACAAACCUUGUUGCUGGACAACUACUUUUAUGAACGAUGGGAAAGUUUGUGGGCUACUAUUACUCUUUCAGAAUGGAGAUAUCGAGAUUAGAUCUUUGCCUGAUCUAGAGUUGGUGGAGCAGACCUCCUUAAUGUCAGUUUUAAGGUGGAAUUUCAAGCUAAAUAUGGACAGGGCGAUGAGUUCCAUGGAGAAUGGCCAUGUUACCUUGGCAAAUGGUUCUGAACUGGCUUUCGUGUCCCUAUUAGCUAGUGAAAAUGAUUUCAGAAUUCCAGAAUCUUUGCCGUUUCUCCAUGAUGAAGUGCUCGCAGCUGCAGCAGAUGCUGCCAUCAAAUUCUCCACUCAGAAGAAGAAACAGGGUAGUGGGCCAAACAUUAUUGGUACUCUCGUUAAAGGAUUUAAAGUGGGAAAAACGAACCAUAAUAUGGAUCUCAUCGAGAGGUCUAAGUCAAACUUUAGUCAUCUGGAAGGUAUCUUUAUGAAGAACCCACUCAACCCAGAACCGUCCCCAACUAUCAGUAAGGAAGUUCAAGGAGCAGUGGAGCUCGAUAUAGAUGAUAUUGAAAUUGAUGACCCUGUCCCUGUGGCUCCUACUUCAUCUCAUAGCACACAAAAUAGUAAAAGAGGAACUGAAAGAGGGAAGUUGCUUGAUUCUGAGGGUGACGAUGCCAAGCCCAGACUUAGGACACGUGAAGAAAUCAUAGCAAAAUAUAGAAAAGCUGGGGAUGCAUCAUCAGCGGCUGGAGAAGCUAGAAACAAGCUUCUAGAACGGCAAGAAAAACUUGAGAGAAUUAGCCAAAGAACUGACGAACUACGCAGUGAGGCGGAAGACUUUGCAUCAUUGGCAAAUGAGCUUGUCAAGGUAAUGGAAAAUCGCAAUCGCAAAUGGUGGCAAAUAUGAAGAUAGGCCUUUUCCUUGCUAUUAAUCAUCCUUGGCAACAGAAGAUUCAUCAUUUUACACCUAAGAAAAUAUCAGUGCAUAUAACCUGUAUAGAUCGGCCUGCCUUUGAAAACUUUUGGGUUAAAGCAACUAAAUGAGAGAGUAGCUUAGGUUAUUUGUUAUUCUUGAAGGAAUAACCUAGCAUUUUUUCUUAAUUUCCAGUCUGUUUGUCUGCCUGCAAAGGAAAAUUAUGCAUGUAACGGAUGUCAUUGAUAUUGUUUGUGAAGUGUGUAUACAGAAAAUCCAAUGACGGCCUAGAAUUAUAAAGUGCAACAUGUAUUAGAUCUUUGAGUUUCUGUGUAAUUGAAAAUCGAUGAAACAUGUUUUCCUUC